AUGCACCACACGGCGGGGCAGGAGUGCCUGGACGCGGAGGACUGCGUGAUCAGGGUGCGCGAGAUCCAGACGGACCAGAUGAGGAGGAUGAACUUCUCCGACAUCACCUACAACUUCCUGGUGGGCGGCGACGGCAGGGUGUACGAGGGCUGCGGCUGGGACCGCGCGGCGUCGCUGCGUUCGCUGGGGCCGGAGUUCCAGGACGCCCUGAGCAUGGCGCUGGUCGGCACGUACACGCAGGCCUGCCCGCACUUCGCGCAGCUCGACGCCCUGGCCAAGGCCGUCGGCUUCUUCGCGGAGCAGGGCAAGCUGACGGCGGACUACCGGCUGGUCGGCGCGUGCCAGCUCAUCAACACGGCCAGCCCCGGGCUGUGCUUCAUGGAGGAGCUCGCGACGUGGGACCACUGGUGGAGAGUCAGCAGGGCCCCCGAGGAGCCCUGCCCGGUGUCGCCCUGGACGCCGUGA